AGACACCGGUAGCAGUUCGUCGUGAGUUCCCGCGAGAUUCACAACGUACAUAUCUUACUAGUUUGCUGCAUGGUGAACGAAACGAUAGUUGUGGAUGGUCUCUCUUUUGUGAGCUGUUAGUUUUUAUCUACAGACAAUGUCGUUCAACACUAUACCCCAAUCCUCUCAUUUAACGUUGCAACAAUUGAUGUAUUUUGACAAGUUUCUCUUCACAAAAUCAGAGCCAUUGGAAUCUCGUUUUCUAGAGGAAUUUGACCAAAUCGAGUUACUCAGCAAAGGAGCAUUCGGCCAUGUUUACGUGGCUAGAAAGAAGAUGGAGAACAAGAAAUAUGCUGUCAAGUGCAUUAAACUCGGUAAAAAUCACGAGGAAAUGGCGGAGGACAGCACGAGAGAAGUUAAAGUACUGUCAAACAUAAGACAUAAUAAUAUAGUGUUCUACUACAACGCCUGGUGCGAGAAGGAUCCUCCGCCUGGCGAGUACCACGACGAUGACAUGAAUGAUGAAAACGGUGACUAUUCCAGUGAAAGCGACAACACGAGUUUUGAUUCUAAACGCCUUGAAAAGGCAAAACAACUUUACGAAAAUGUCUCCGUCACAUCUCGAUCAGAUCAUUUGGCAUUGUCGUCCCAAAGACAAAGUAGUAGCGACACUGACAGUAAUGUUUCCUUCCGCGCUGGAACGAACGAUCAAACAUCACAUCAUGAGCCAUCCGUCUCAUCGUCACAAUCUACGGAAUCGUCAAUCCAGCCAUCCAAAAAUUACACUUAUCUUUACAUCCAGAUGGAACUGUGCCAACAACAAAAUCUUGCCUCUUGGUUGGAGACUCGAGAUCCAAGCCAUUUAAAAGUUGAUCAAAUUUACCGAGAAAUUUUAUUAGCAGUUAAUUAUCUCCACAGCAAGGAUUUGGUCCAUCGUGAUUUGAAACCAAGCAACAUUUUCUUCGAUUCCGAUUGGUCGAUUAAAGUUGGGGACUUUGGUUUGAGUAAAAGCAUAGCCACGGACGGAGGGUCUCAAUCCGCUUAUAUAAGACCAGAAGAAAACAAGUCAAACACGUUCGGUUCUCGGGUGAAUCACACCGUUUAUGUUGGCACUAAACCUUACAUGGCACCUGAACAAGAGAAUUCCCAGACGUACAAUCAUAAAGUGGACGUCUAUGCCUUAGCCAUAAUCCUCUUCGAACUGAAAAUGGGCCCUUUUGAUACUAAUUCUGAGCGUGUGAAUAUCAUCGCACAAUUGAAGUCCUUCCAGCUCCCGCACGAUUUCAAAUGCGAUAUUAAAUUGAAACAGUUACUCUACUCUAUGCUCUCCGUUGAUCCUGACAAACGGCCUGAAGUCAACGACAUGCUUUUAGAGCAUUUCCCCAAACAAGUCAAACAGCUCAAUUCUCAUCCGAUUAAAUCACGUAAUGCACCGGCCUCCUUCCGGGCACCUAUACGACAUGCUCGGGAUAUUUUCCAUUCCAAAUUGUUGAUGCUCUUCCUGAAUCGAGGUAUUCGCCAGGGCUACAAAUUUCAUCUAGGUGCCAAAAUGCCCAGUUUGGGUGGUAAAUUUGACGACUUGAUUUUCAAGUAUCGCGUCAAUUCUUCAACUGGAAAGAAUAGAAGCUGGCGUUAUCUACUUGCACAGGCCACGUACAAUCAAGAAGAGACGUUUAAAAUUACAGCAAAUGAAUUGCUUAGUAGAAAUUCUCGCCAAUUAUUUAAUUUGGCCAAACUUUUCCAUUCAUACCUUGACAUAAGAAAAAGAGGAGACGACAUCCAAAACUGCAUUAUUUGCAGUAAUGUUGGCUUCGAUAAAGAAGAUCUAAACAAGAAUGGCCUUGAGCUAAUUGCUGUCAUCCCAUCAAACAACAUCUUGACUUUUGAAAAUCCACCAUCAAGAGGACACAAAUCUGCAUGCUACCGACUACAAAUCACAGCCCGUUUGCGUCAAAAAUUCACGGCAGAUUGGUCAGACAUUCAUUUGUUGGCUAAAACUUUGCUCCAUCACGCCCAGACUUACGACAUUUACGCAUUGCGUCCUAAAGUGCUUGAACGCAAUCACGUUGCUUUGAUCAACGAAAGAGUGAUCGAUUUGGAAACGAAAAAGUUUCAUUUGGACUUUGUAAACAACGUGAAUUUAUCUCCUGGCGCUUUGCAGCUACGUCAGAUUGUCUGUAAAUUGAUAGUCAAUGAACAGAAUUUGGACAAGUGGAACUUUAAACUUGGCCCUACCUUUGGGAAAGUUAGGAAAAACGCGGAUGAUUUUUUACCACAAAUGGUAACAGGCGAAGAUAUCGACGGAUUUUUGGACAAGCUCGUCUUUGCUGUUGACAUGCCCAACAUAGCUGAUCUGGAUCAAAUCCUAACUGAUGAAAUUGGUCCACAUUUUAAAUUGCUCGGACCUCGUAUGCUUCAGAAUGUUUGGGAACUGUCGCACCAAAAGUUCCUAUCGUCCGAAGAGGGACUGAAGAUAAUAGAAGAAAACAAGCAAGCUAUGGUUUUAAAUAAUUUAAAUGCUGUUUCUAUGGAUUAUAGGGAUCGUCUUCGCCAAUUCCACGGCAAGGACGAACCGGAGGAUUUUAAACACCUGAACAAGGAAGUGGAGCAAUUCCUGGAUCAUUCCAGUGAAAACAAUAACUACGUUUUACGCUUGACUACGACUUUGCCAAAAAGUACGGCAGUUAAAGUGUUUUCAGCACUUGAAACUCUCCAAGAUUUUCAGGAAGAAUAUUCUUAUUUGACCGUGUCGUCAAAAUGGUUGGAAGGCCCCCGUAAGAUGGAGCAAUGGAGAAAUGCACUAGAAGCUGGACCGUACCAACUUCUAAUCGUCGUGUGCAAAGAUGACGUCCAGUUUCACGAAAUCUAUGAUAAACUGGUUCUUUGCGAAGCUUUGAAGAAAAAAGUUAUCAUCAUUUGCAAAAAUCAAGAGUCGCUCGAGUUGGACAAUGGCCAGUCAAACUUGCCAACAACAGUAGACGGAUGGAAGGAAAUCAACGAUCAUCUAGGGCCAUCAGAGCUCCAAUGCAUCCACAUUAACGUUGAACAAACAAACCCGGAAACAUUCCGUAAUAUUUUUGAAUUAUUAACAAAACCUUGUACCACGGAAAUCGCUGUCCUGUUCAUCCAAGGAAAAAUGAACAAAAAUGUUUCCUGCUUGCAAAAGAUGGUGCCUAAAAAUUACGACAUCAUAAGAAACCAAAGCGUGCCUUCAAAUAUUGCCGAAGGCUUUGCUGCUAUAGUCGUACACCGCAGUCUCGUUUACCAGUCAAUUCUGCCAUCACACAUGUUGUGUAAUCCCCAGCACGUAGCUGGGAUUCAGUUAUCUAUUAAUAAUUCUUUGUUGACUCUCUAUUCUGUUUAUCCUCAUGCCAAAGAUAUUGAUCUCUUCUUCUCAGAGGCAGUUACAACUUGUGCCAACUCAGUACUUUGUACCAUUCCACUUACUCGUCACGCAAGCCAUCGAGAUUAUGAACGCACACAUUUUGUAUCUCUAGAAGGAGACGGUAUAACACACGGGGCUGAUGUACACGUCAACGAUGUGGAACGCCUUGUGUCUAAAUGUGGAAACCCAUACGUCCGGUUUUCUGUUUUUUAAUGUUAUUGUUUGAACGUUAAAAAUUACCAGUGCUAAUUUGUGUGUACUAGUCUUUCUAUAAAUUGUUCUUACCUGC